AGUGCCACCCUCCCUUCGUCUUCGUCUUCGUCUUCCGAUUCCACUUCCAUGGCUUCGGAGAAACAAGCUGCUCUUGCUACCGCACCCUCCGACGCUGAUGCUCCCACCAUAUUUGACAAGAUAAUCAACAAGGAGAUCCCUUCAAAUGUGGUUUAUGAGGAUGAUAAGGUCUUUGCUUUUAGGGACAUAAAUCCCCAAGCUCCUACUCACAUUCUAAUCAUUCCUAAAGUAAAAGAUGGGUUAACUGGUCUAUCCAAGGCUGAGGAGAGGCACUUUGAAAUUCUUGGCCGCCUUCUUUACACUGCGAAGUUGAUUGCAAAGCAAGAAGGUCUUGAUGAUGGCUUCAGGGUUGUAAUUAAUGAUGGUCCAAAGGGAUGUCAAUCAGUUUACCACAUUCAUGUUCACCUCCUCGGCGGACGACAGAUGAACUGGCCUCCUGGCUAAAUUGGGACAAAGAAUAGGGAGUGAGCUAUGGACUUGAUUUCUCCUCCAUCAAUAUCACUUUAGUUGUGCCAUCUUACGAUAAUGGUUUGAGAAUAAUUUUGUGUAGCUACACUUGUAUUGAAUGAUGCUGCUGAUUCCAAAGUCAUCUCUUGUAGAACCUAAUGGUUGGUAUAGUUGUUAAACUUUCGAAUUAACUACUAAAUUGUUACAACUUUGCAAUUGGGCGAUGAAAAAGAGGAUUAGCAGUUAUUAUUAUUUA